GGUACCGAAUAUGCACGGUGUCAAGUUUCUGACACACUUUUUAAAGGUGGGGUAAUUUACCUGAGAAUCAGACACACUUUCAUCUUCCAACAGGCAGACAGCAGAGUUCUCUUUCUGUCCAGGACAGAGAGCAAGUUGCAAUGGGGGACACAGAGAAAGGGAAGAAGGCUUUUGUCCAGAAGUGUUCCCAGUGCCACACGGUGGAUGAGGGGGGACGACACAAGGUGGGACCUAACCUCUGGGGCCUGUUUGGCCGGAAGACAGGACAGUCACCUGGAUACUCCUACACACAGGCCAACACCAACAAGGGUGUAGUCUGGGAGGAGAAGACACUAAUGGUCUAUCUAGAGAACCCUAAGAAGUACAUCCCAGGUACCAAGAUGAUCUUUGCUGGUAUCAAGAAGAAGAAAGAGAGAGAGGACCUGAUAGCCUAUUUAAAGGAUGCCACUUCAUAGACAGACACACAACAUGCACACACACCGUAUCAUACUGUACACACACACACACACACACACACACACACACACACACACACACACACA